CCUCACCCGGAUGCAUUGCCAGCAGGGUUUCUGGUUUCUUCUUUCCAGUUUUUGGUCUGGGACUUUUUUCCCCUCUUAUUUGCUUUGCUGAUUUAUUCAAAGGCAUAUAUUAAUUUAAACUCAGCAUUUAGCCAAUGUGUGAGCUAAAUUUGUAGGGCUUAGGGUUUGUGUUGAUGAGGGUCUAGUUUUAUGCACAAUGGGACUCUCUCCCCCACAUAUCUGCUUUGACUUCUUUAGUCAAGCUGAGCUUUGGGGAUUAAAAGCUGAUGUUGUAGGUGUGUAAACACUUAUUGCUUGUGCAUGUUUGAAGCCAUUCCUGGAUUGCAUGAGUCAGGGGGGCCAGUGUAGCGAAGUGAUGCCAAGGUGCCGUUGGAAGUCUCUUCUCCGGCAGGCUUUUUGCAGUUCAGGAGGUUUUUGGAACAGGCGCGCAGUUUUAAAGAUUAUUUUCUGUCUAGCAGUGCUGUUUUGCUUCUGCAUUUUUGGCAAGAGGCCCUGUCGCAGCUUCCUCAGUCCGAGGCUUUGUCCCUGCAGCUUCCAGUGCCAAACCAUUGCUUUAAAGCGUGAUUUGGGGCCCAGGAACCUCAAAGUGCCAUUUUUCAGAGAGAGGGAGUAUUACUCAUCUUGCAGUUGUGUCAACCCUUCAGGUUUCACUCCCAUUUCUAUUAAUCUUUCCUCCCUGUCCGUUUGUAGUGUUGGCCAUGGUUUUCUGCUGAAUAAUUCCCGGUCCCUAUGGGAUAGUGAGGAAGGGACCAGAGUGCUCGGCCUGUUGGGGCUGGUGCCAGCCUGGAGCAACAGUGAGGGCAUGGAGGGAUCGACAUGUUUUUAAGUACGGAGGCAUUAUUGCAAUAAAUGUUUUGUCAUGUUUUGCGGUCCGAUGGGCCAACGGACACAGAGGUGGAAUUGCAGAAUGUAUCAGAGCAACAUUGAGCUUGUGAAAUCUGCAGAAAUCAUGCAAUGCAAGAUAACUUGCUGUUUUAUCGGGCAGCUCCGGGAAAUAGCACCAAAAGAGCGGUUUCUUCCUCCACAGGCGCUUUUGCUUUCCUCUUUUAGAGUUCAGGGUUUCUGCUCUGGAUCUGCUCCUGGAGCAACUAGUGCUGGAGGCAAAGGGGGAAACCGGCCUCAGUUGUGCAAAUGCUUCCGGCAGUGGCUCAGGCUUGAGCAUUGGUUUGCAAAAAUGCCUGGAGACUUGACUUUUCUAAAAAAAACAAGCCUCUAAAAUCAUCAUUUGGGGACUUUGUUUUAAAAGCAGAAUUGGCUUUAUUUUUGUUUUUGUUUUUUUAAGAAAAGUGUGUUAAGAGAAGGAGGGGGUGGACGUGGCGUGGCUGGAGUUGUGUUGUUAGGUUGUGCUUGUGCGGAUUUUUUUUGAUGCUUUUGAUGUAUCUUGGUAACAGCCUGGCAAAAUCUAAUGCCCACAACCUAGGAAGCAGAAUUUUAAAGAGCCAGAUUUAAAAAUAAAUUCCUUCUGAGUCUUGCCGAGAUUAAUCAUGCAGGGCAUGUGUGAGAUUGUAAUCCUCGCGGCCAGUUUUCCUAAAGCCCUUGGAGUGAACCAGCAGAUUUCCAGAGGCAAAUUUCUAAUUUUCUUUUGCUGAAAAUAGAUUCAAAAAAAAAAAAAAAACCCUAAACAGGAUUUCUUAUUUAGACAGCAGAAAAAUGCCCACUCUCCUUUCCUUGUUCCCUUUUGCACAUCACCUGCAAAAGCAAUUGGAUUCUGACAGAAAGCCAAGAAAGAAAAUAAACCCCAAAAAGGCUGUUAUCUUACUGCUACCUAAAUUAAAUUGCUGCUUUCUACUCUUUUGCUUGCUUUAUAAUCUGUUUGCAAAACAAAUCAGGCAUUUUGGCUGCUUGGUUUUUAGUCUGCAUAACUGGCACAUCUAAUAGGAAUAAAUUAUUGCUGGAGAGCAGCUGGAAAAGACCUACCUGGACCUGGCUUUAUAAAAGAUAACUUAAAUGCUAUUCUUACCUAAUGGAAAGUAGUUACAGGGUAUAAAGGUCCCAUCUCACGUGCCGAGAAAAGCGGAUUUUGGCUUUUCCCCGAGGCCAUCUGGAAGUAGCGUGUUGUCCGGCGGGACUCCAAGGGUUGGGAGCAGACCAGCCUGGCUGCCAGGUGAUCUUCCCAUGUGGGUGUGCGAAAACCGAUGGCUUUCACUGUUUAAAAAAUAACGCUGCGCAAAAAAUGUUUGCAUCUGUAGCGCAGUAAUAUUGAUUAUUUUUUCCUGAAGAGCUUCAUUUGCUUGCAUAAGUGCUUUUUUUUUUGAGACUAAAAGGUUGGAAAACAUCUCAUUUUGCAGGGUUUAGCAUUAUCUAUUGUCUCUUCGUGGGGCUUUAGUUCAUGCAAAAAGCAGUUUUUAAGGGCAAAAAUAGUCAGUCUUGAGAAACUGUGUAUUUUGGAAGAAAAUGCGAUCAUGUAUAAGAAGAGCUGAAAGAAGCAAAAAAAGACAAUAACAAGUAUUUUCAUCUUCCUCUCAUCAGCCAGCCACUCUGGCUUUUUCAUGGACUUUUUGUUAAAGAAGACAGAAACUAACUUUGAGGAGUAACUGCCUGAGGAAAUAUUUAACAACAAAUAUUUGAAUUCUCUUUUAAGAUAAAUUAUAUUCUCAUCAUUAAUCAUGCAAUCCAGGAAGCUGAAUUAGAUUACUCUAAUUCAUCAGUCAGAAUAUUUUGAGUUGUUCUUUCCUUUGUGUUCCUUACUGAAAAAAAGUCAGAAUUGAAAACCAAAUGUCAUGUUGAAGUUUGGUUUGAUAACAUAAAUUUACUCGAUGAGAGAGUGUGCGCGUGUUCAUUACGCUGGUAGUGAGGUGUAUAACAUCUUUUAAUUUUUAUUUUAUUUUACAUUCUCUGAACAGUGUUGUAGUUAUUGUCACAUACUGGACUCUCUGUUUUUUCAGGUAUUUUGCAAAGUGUCUCAUUGCUCUCAGAUUCGGUUAAAUUCCUUAUCUCGACACCACUGGAGUAAGGAGGAAUUUGAACUGCGCUGGGUGAAACUCUUCUUGCAUGAAGGUUUUGCGCAAAAUUGCGAGUUGCAAGGGAGUCUGUGGUGCAGCCUGUCACUGGGGCAGGCCGUUUCAUGAAGGACCUGGUGAUGAACCUCCUAUUUCAACUCUCUGGUGCCGCAGAAAGGAAAAAAAGAUGCUUUUGUCUUGAGAUCACCCGGCUGUAACCAUCUAGACAACUGUGGCAAAUGAUGUAUCGGUUUUGGCCUGGGCUCAGAUGAGAAGUAGAUGCAGGGAAGGAUGCCAAGGAGGUGGCAUACCAGAGUUUGAGUUGUUUCUUCCUUGAAGAUAGGUGUGAUGUCUGCCAUUUUCCAGUCCUGAUGAACUUCCCUUGAUUGCCAUGACCUUUCAAAGCUGAUAGAGAGCAGCCUUGCUGUGACACUGGCCACCAGCUUCGGUGCCCUAGGAUGCAUCCCCUGUGGGUCCGAUGGACUUGUGUAUGAUCAAAGGAUUUGGGUGCUCCCUACCUUUAUUUUUCCCUAGCGUGGGUGAUGUAAACUCCCACAAAUGUUGCUAGUUGGACUGGGGACCUGGGGGACACAAGGACAGCCAUUACCAAUGGAAAAUGGGCAAAAAUGCACUAACUCCCUUGGUCUUUUCUGCAUCCUUUGUAACCUGGUGUCUGGCCCCACUGAGCAGCUGCAGAUAUGGGUCCCUUUGCCCCCAGAGCAGUCCUACCUGGGCUUCUGCCAAGCAGAUCCCUGAAUGAGCCUAGCUCUGCUCUCCUGCAGUGCGGGAUUGCUGUUUUGCUGUCUCCUCCACCUUCAUGUCUUCAACCAGAUCUCCUCCGCUUGUGAGGAUGGGCGCAGCAGAGCAUCUCCCCUGCUCAGCUCAUCGGUGGACUGCAUCAGGUCCUCAGCACCCUCCAGGCAUCUCCUUGAUUGCUUGUGCCACCAUGGCCUUUCUAGCCUGAAGUCCAUCUACCUCCUCCUUUUGCACAGGCAGUGUGCGUAUAGCAGCCACCCACUACGUCACCAUCAUCGUGGUUGACUGUAGCGCUUAAUGAGCAGAUGCAGACCAGGGCUCGGUGCGGUAGGUUUGUCGGAGAGCAGUCCUGACCUACAGUCAAAGCUCAUUCCUCGUAGAACAGAUGAAGGGGAACUGGCGUUGGGAUCGACAAGAAGGACGUUCCUGAUAUGCUUAGUACAAGCCUGCGUCUCCCACGCGCAUGGCUGCAGACAAGAAACAUUCAGCUCAAUCGCAUUGUGAGGCACAUAAGAAGUAACAUUUGGGGACCUGCAGAGAAGAGCUAUGACAGGUCUUGAACAUACCUGUGACCCCCAAGGCUUUCCAGCUGGAAGCUAAAUUGGACUAGUACACAGAUGAGUGAAGCAAUGGGUGUUUUUUUAGGGGAAAUACCAGGGUAGAGGAAGCCUGUGAAAUGUAUACCAGAGCUGCAAACAUGUUCAAGAUAGCCAAAAACUGGAGUGCUGCAGGGAAUGCGUUUUGCCAGGCAGCCAAACUUCACAUGCAGCUGCAGAGCAAACACGAUUCGGCCACCAGCUUUGUGGACGCCGGGAACGCUUACAAAAAAGCAGAUCCGCAAGAGGCCAUCAACUGCUUAAAUGCAGCUAUUGAUAUCUACACUGACAUGGGGCGAUUCACUAUUGCUGCCAAGCAUCACAUCACCAUUGCGGAGAUUUAUGAGGCCGAGCUGGUAGAUAUUGAGAAGGCAAUCGCACACUAUGAGCAGGCUGCAGACUAUUACAAGGGGGAAGAAUCCAACAGUUCAGCCAACAAGUGUCUGCUGAAGGUUGCUGCUUAUGCCGCUCAGCUGGAGCAGUACCAGAAGGCCAUCGAGAUUUAUGAGCAGGUUGGAACAAAUACUAUGGAUAAUCCUUUGCUCAAGUAUAGCGCCAAAGAGUAUUUCUUCAAAGCCGCCCUGUGCCACUUCAUCGUGGAUGAACUGAAUGCUAAGCUGGCGCUCGAGAAAUACGAAGAAAUGUUCCCAGCAUUCACAGAUUCAAGGGAGUGCAAGCUAUUAAAAGUAAGUAAAACCACUAUUAAAAUAACGCCGUCGUGUUUGAAAAUGAAUACCGCCUUGUCCCUUGGCAGCUUUUCACCUUGCUGGGGUUUGGUCUUACGGUCAAACCUUGUGGAAGACAUCAAGCUCGAUUUGCAUGGGAUUUAUACUACGCUUGUGGAAGCAGCUGCUGGAGAAGGAAGGUUUUUCUAGCUAACUUUUAAAACCUGAUCUUGUGUUCACGGGGAGGUGGGUUGCAGAGGGACCCAGGCGGUGGCUGCUGAGCACCACGGGGCUCCCCGGGGAGGGGAGACCUGAGGGAGGUGCCCACGGACCUGCCAGGCGGGAGCGUCCAGCAGCACAAUAUUUAAUGGAAGCAGAAGU